UCCCAAAAAAAAGUAGUUUGCAUUCUCAACGACACGUCGCUGAAGAAACGAAAAGGAUUUGCUAGUUCACUAGUCAGGUCUUUCACUCUCUGCCUCUGCUUCUGCCUCUCUGUGUGCAAAAUGGUAGCUUCAGCUAUCUCUGUGCCUUUAAGCUUCUCAAUCGCUUCUCGUAGCAGAACCUCGUCCAUUCCUUUGUUUUCUCGCAGAAACUCAACGAGGUCGAUAGUCUCUGCCUUGCCAGGUCCAUACUCUGAUUCUUUAGCACUUGGCCUAUCCAGUAAAACUUGUUGGUUACCUAGUAAGCAUGAAGAGAAGGAUUUUCCUGGCACCAGUACAAGUUAUGAUGCAAUAGAAGCCAGAAAGGGGAAUCCACCUGUAAUGCCGGCUGUGAUGACCCCAGGAGGGCCUUUGGAUCUCUCAUCGGUGUUAUUCAGGAAUCGCAUAAUCUUCAUUGGACAGCCAGUCAACUCACAGGUGGCUCAGCGAGUCAUAUCGCAGCUUGUGACUCUGGCAACUAUUGAUGAGGAUGCAGAUAUUUUGGUGUAUUUGAACUGCCCUGGUGGAAGUACGUACUCUGUGCUGGCAAUAUAUGAUUGCAUGUCUUGGAUUAAGCCCAAGGUUGGCACGGUAUGUUUUGGAGUAGCAGCAAGCCAAGGCGCACUUCUUCUUGCUGGUGGAGAAAAGGGAAUGCGCUAUGCAAUGCCAAAUGCGCGUAUUAUGAUACAUCAACCACAGAGUGGAUGUGGGGGGCAUGUGGAAGAUGUGAGGCGGCAAGUGAACGAAGCAGUUCAAUCUCGUCAUAAAAUUGACAAAAUGUAUGCUGCUUUUACUGGCCAACCUCUAGAGAAAGUGCAACAAUACACUGAAAGGGAUCGUUUCUUGUCUGUUUCUGAGGCCAUGGAGUUUGGACUCAUUGACGGUGUGUUAGAAACUGAAUAUUAAACUCAAGACUUUGUGCUGAACCAUUCUAUGCCUUCUUGACAUCAUAUUGCAAUAUGUCAUCAAACAGAUACGAUGUCCUUGGGUUGCUUUAAAUGGUAAUUUACAUGUGUUAUUCUUCAAUUGAUAGUUGCCAAGUGAUGCUUCUGUAUUUUAGUGGAAUUAUAUGAAGUUUUGAUAUUCAGAGACUAGUUGUUUUGGGUUCA